AAGGUGGAGCCGUAUUUUGUAAUGAAAAGGGUAAUUUUGCAGUUUCUCUGAAAAUAGCUAUAUGAAACUGUGGCGUCAAAAUUACAGAGGAACAAGGAGAAGAAGAAGAAGUAACAAUGGCGCUACGAAGACGAGUUACGGCUGUGGAGAAGCCAACAGAUAGGCUACGAGUUCGCUCCUCAAAAAAGCCGAAAUCCGGAUCGGAACUUUCGAAAUUCUGUGGAUCCAUACCUAACGACGAAUGAUUCCAACAAUUGGAGUUUGUUCUUCUGAAUCUUUUUCUUUACGUAGAAAUAGUUGAUUGUUUCAUCUCGAGUAGAUGGAUGGAGUUUCUCUCAACACUGAUCCUGUGGGCGAUGAGGAGGCAGAUUAUUUUGAGAUCGAAGGGGAUUCUGUACUUGCAGAUUAUGUUGAUCAAACUGGUAUGUUUCAAGGAGAAAAUCCCCUUCCUCCUGCUGUGGGUAUGGAGUUUGAGUCUUAUGAGGAUGUGUACUACUUUUACAGUUGCUAUGCAAAAGAACAGGGAUUCGGAGUCCGAGUUAGUAACACUUGGUAUAGGAAGAGUAAGGAAAGGUACAGAGGAAAACUUAGCUGUAGCAGUGCAGGUUUCAAGAAGAAGAGUGAAGCGAACCGACCGAGACCAGAAACAAGAACUGGCUGCCCUGCUAUGAUAAAAUUUAGGUUAAUGGACACCAGAAGGUGGAGAAUAAUUGAAGUUGAGCUUGAUCACAAUCACUUAAUCAACCCAACUAGUGGGAAGUUUUAUAAAUCUCAUAAGAACUUGGGUGUUGGAACCAAAAGAUUGUUGCAGUUAGAUAGUGCUGAAGAAGUGCAAAAAGUUAGACUAUUUCGAACGGUUGUAGUUGAUGCUGAUCACAAUGGAUUCUUGGAUGUUGAUGAAGGAGAAUUUGGAAAUAGUGUUGAUGAUUCCAAUCAAUUGAAAUUUAACGAAGGUGAUGCUGUAGCUGUUGAAGAUUUUUUAUGUCAAGCACAACUGACAGAUUCAAAUUUUUUCUAUGUUGUGGAUCUCAAUGAGAAAGGAUCUCUGAUGAAUUUGUUUUGGGUUUCUUCAAGGUCGAAGGCUGCGUAUAAUUAUUUUGGUGAUGUUGUGUACAUUGACACAUCAUGUUUAGCAAACAAAUAUGAAGUCCCAUUGGUUUCAAUUAUUGGAAUAAACCAUCAUGGGCAGUCUGUAUUAUUUGGUUGUGGUUUACUUGCCAUGGAGGCAGCAGAAUCAUAUAUAUGGUUGUUUAGAGCAUGGCUUACCUCUAUUCUAGGACGACCUCCACAAGUAAUCAUUGCAGAUCAAUGUGUAGCGCUGCAAAUUGCUCUUGCUGAUGUCUUUCCCAGAGCUUAUCAUUGCAUUUCUUUAUCUGAUAUUAUGAGAAAAGUUCCACAGAAGCUAGGAAGCCUGAUCGAAUACGAAGAAAUCGAAACUGCUAUCUGUAAAGCAGUUUACCACUCCUCAAAGCCAGAACAAUUUGAGGCAGUCUGGGAGGGUAUGAUCCAGCAGCACAUGCUUGGAGAUCAUAAAUGGCUCCAAGCGAUUUACGAGGAUCGGAGACGGUGGGUUCCAGUUUUCGUGAAGGAUGUGUUCUUGGCUGGAGUGUUGUCAAUACAAUCCAGUGAUACAGUUUCAUGUUUCUUUCAAGAAUAUUUGGGUGUGCAUACUUCUUUAAGAGAAUUCCUUGCGAAGUAUGAUCGAGCUUUACAAUCACGUUAUCAGCUUGAAGCUUUGGCUGAUGCAGAUUCAAAAAGUUCAAGUUUCAUGCUUAGAUCAAGAUGCUAUUUUGAACUGCAGAUUAGUAAAUUGUAUACCAAUGAGAUACUUAAAAAGUUCGAGAGGGAGGUGGAGGGAAUGUAUUCUUGUUUUAGCACCAGAAAGUUGAAUGCUGAGGGGUCACUAGUGACGUAUAUUGUGAAGGAACAUGUAGAAAUGGAGGGAAGUAGGAGGGAUGCAAGAGACUUUGAAGUUUUAUAUAAUGAAUCUGAGAUGGAGGUCCAGUGCAAUUGUGGCCUGUUCAACUCGAAAGGAUAUUUAUGCAGACAUACAUUAUCCGUUCUUAACCAGAACGGUAUCGAGGAAAUCCCGCCUCAGUAUAUCCUUCCACGAUGGAGAAAAGACGUGAAAAGAAGCUACGUUCUCGAUUAUAGUUACAGUGGUAUUGAUAUUAACAGCCAAAUCCACAGGUAUGACAACUUAUACAGAUCCAUUGUGCAAGUCAUUGAAGAAGGGAGAAAAUCGAAAGAGCGAUACGAUAUCGCAAUACAGGGAAUCAAUGAUAUACUGAGCAAGCUUCGCCUUGGAACAAAUCCUUCCAGUUAGUUUGGAGAUGUAAGGCUAUGGAAAUGGGGGAGAGACAUUAGAGCAGAGAACUGUACUUUGGGACUGGUUUUGUUUUUGUCCAUAAACUUUUAAAUAUUCAAAUUGAAUAUCUAUAUGUUUUUUUUUA